AUGCCUCUAAACACACUGCGACUUAAUCACCAGAAGUCCUCUCAUCCCAAUGACCGCAUCGUGUUCAUCAAGGCUCUUCCCCGGCCACCGUCGGAUCAAGCGUCGUAUGAGAUCGCUGAUACUUUCCUACGAGCCAUUGCGGCACAAUGUCUCCCACUCAUGAAGAAGCAUUACCUCUCGGUCACCACGUUGGAAGAGCAUGAACCAAAUCGCGAGUUCAUCGGCCGAAAUUUCAACAACGGCGAGAUCAUCCAGCUCGUGCUCACCACCAAAGAUGGGCGAUGGGUUCCGUUCAAUGCCGUCCAAAUGGUGAUGAUGCACGAGUUGGCACACAACACCCACAUGAACCAUGGACGGGACUUUUGGAAGACACGAAAUGUCUACGCCGAGGAGAUGAAGGCAUUAUGGGCGAAGGGCUACACUGGCGAAGGCUUUUGGGGCGGCGGUCGAACACUACAUGAUAUGGGCUCAGUCAUAGGGAACAACACGUUGCGUAGUGACGAACUGGAACGGCUGCCAUUGUGUGGAGGCACAUACCGAAGCCGCAACAGAAAACGCAGAGGUCGAUCCGACAAGCCGGAGCUGACGUGGAAGGAGAAGCGAGACCGGCGCAUUGAGAAGAAGUUCGGCAAGAACGGCAUCGCCCUGGGCGAAGACGAGGAUAAGCGACUGAGCUUGGAGGUCAACCGCAAGGGGCCCAUCGGAGCGAAACCCCGAGUCGCCCAGAGUGCCCGUGGCCGGGAGCUCAGAGCCGCUGCGGCAUUGGCCCGGUUUGACACGAAUAAGAAAGAAGUCGAAGGCAUGCACAGAGCUGAACGGAUAAAGACGGAGAGCAGCGGCGACGAGGACGACUACGAGGACCUGGACGCCGGCUUGGAAGACGCUAGAGACGUCUAUGGCCGCAAGAUCCUCGACACUCGGGGCCACGGCAUGAUCCGAGUGUGUUCCGACCAAGAUGACGACCACGAGACGCAAGUGCACGCACGCCAAGAAUUACAGGAGCUCAACAGGCUGGAUCGUUAUUUCAUAUCAUUUCAAAACGGUCAGGAGACCUCUGCGGGUAUGCGGGCCGGGAUGGAGGCCUUAGCGCGUUCACCAGGCAAAACUGGCAGUGCCACCCCUCCUGCACCCACCCUUAGGAGUAGGUCACUAGCAUCUGACACGGACAGAAGUGCCCAAUUUCCUCGAGCGGCAGCUGGGAGACAGCAACUGCGUGGUUCUUCGGUCGAAUCUGCCGUACAGUCUCCUUCACCCCGUUCUGGAAUCACCUUAAGACAUAACGACGGGCACCAACAUGAUUCCCCCACCAAAUUCAAGCAGCCCCGGAACAGGCCUUGUGCACCCGUCGACUCGAAACCAAACAACGGUGUCUCUACUUUUACGGCGACGUCUUCACCAUCAGCCAAGCUCAAGGGUCCGAGAAACAGCAGCAGCAGCAGCAGCACCCCUACGAGUACGACAAAGCCUACGGGGGGAGCUCUCGCACGAGAGUCGUACUCCACCUCGAGCCCGCCAGUGUCGCCACGCUCGCGCUCACGACCACGAUCAGUAUCGAUGAUCAGCUGUCCGAUCUGCUCGCUUGAAAACCCGUCCCUGAACGCCACCUGCGUGGCCUGUUCGCACGUUUUGCAUCCCCGGAAGGACCCGCGGAGCUGGUCGUGUCAGAGCGAGCCGUGCAUCGCCAGCGGCGCCGUGUACCUCAAUGCUGGGGACGUUCGUGUCUGCGGGGUGUGCGGUGUUAGAAGGAGCAAUGUGGACGAGUAG